AUGAAAAAAUUCAAAAAAAAGACACAAAGAGACUAUACAAAAGAAAAUACUAAACUUUAUAAGAAAAAAGAAAAUGGAAAAGAUAAAGGUGGAUUUGAAAAACCUAGAAAUUAUAAUGAAUUACGUUAUACAAUAAAAUUAAGCGAUUCAGAACAUGAUAACAAUGACAGUAACACUAGUAAAGAAAAACAAAAAGAUAAAAAAAAAAGUAAUAAUAAAAGAAGAAGCUUAUCUUUACGCAUACCUAAUUAUGAAAAAGAUAUUUUUAAUAAUAUUAAACUUGCUGAUAAAUUAUAUAAAUUGUCAAAUGAAAAUGACAAAAAUGACUCUGAUAAUAAAAAUUACAGAGAGAACAAAAAUCCCAAAAAUGCGAAAAACCAAAAUUGGAAAAAUAAAAAAUGUAAAAAUAGAAGAAGUUUAAGUUGUGACAACAAUAACUCUGAUUCUAAUAAUAGCCAAAAAAAUAAAAAACUGGAUAUAAAUAUUAAUGAAGUUAAAAUGAAUUAUAAGAACAAAAAAAUAAAAAUUAUUUAUGAUGAUGGACAUUCAAAAAGAAUUGUUGUUAAAAAGAAAAAAAAAAAGAAAAAAAAAGACGAAAAUGGAGAUAAAUAUGAAUAUGAAUUUGAUGAUAAAAAUCAUACAGAUAGAGAGAAAGAAAAAAAAGAAAAAAAAGAAAAAAAAGAGUAUGAGGAAGAAGAAUCAGAUGAAGAAGAAGAGGAAGAAGACGAGGAAGAGGAAUCAGAUGAAGAAGAAGAGGAAGAAGAGGAAGAAGAAGAAGAAGAGGAAGAAGAGGAUGAGAAGGAAUAUAAUGACAAUUAUAAAGAAGAAAGUAAAAUUUACAACAAAAAAUUUAAAAAUAAAGAAAAAAUAAAUAAUAAAGUAAGAAGAAAAAAUAGCAUUCAAAAUAAAAUAAAAAAUAACACCAUAGCAUUAAGUGAUAGUUACAUUAGUGAAAAAGAGAAAGAAAAUCUAAAAUAUGUAAAAAGAAAAAUACCGGUAAAUAAGUUAUUAGAUGAAAAAAAUAAAAAACAACAUGAAGUGAUGAAUAUGAAUAGCAAAGUAGAUAACAAUAAGAAGAGAAAAAUUAAAAAAGAGAAAAAAGAAAAUUAUAAUACUAAUGAAAAAAAAAAAAUUGAACAUAAAAAUGACUUUGAAGAAGAAAGAUUAGAAAACUUUAAUUACUCUAAUGAAAAAAAUAUGGGAAUUUUAAAUUAUAAAAAAUUUCCAACAAAAUAUAAAGAAGACAACAAUCAUUUUAUUCUACGUAUAAAAGAAUUAAUUUUCAAUAUGCAUAUAAACUUAGAAAAUAUAAAGGAUUAUAUAAAAAAAAAGAACAAUUAUAUAUCAACAUUAUUUGAAUCAUCUUUCAAUAGUAUAAUAGAAAAUGUUAAAAAAAAUGAAAUAAGAAGAGAAAACUUUUAUAAAAUAAUUUUUCAUGACUUAUUUAACUUAUUGAAUGAGUUUAUUAUUGUUGAUGAUUACACUAAAAAGUUUUUCUUUAGUAUAGAAAGUAAUGUUAGACAAAAAUGCUUAGAAAAUAUUAAAAAUGAAUUUUAUAAUUUUAUAAAUAGGUUUUUACAUUCAUCUGAUAAAAAUGUGACCAAUUCUAAAUAUAAUGAAUUUUACUUUCCUAAUAAAUACAAUAAUGAUAAUAUUAAUAAUAUGAAUGAAUUGAAAAAAAAAAAAAACUUAUAUUCUACACUAUCAUAUUUUAAUAAUAAUAACGAAUAUGAUAUAAUGUCAGAAAGAAGUAGAUUUUCAAAUUUAAAUAGUAUGAAUAAUGAAAACAUAAAAAAUGAUAUUUUAAAAAUUGAAGGAAUAAGUAACGAUUUUGUUCUAAAAGUAAAAAAAUCAGGUAUUUUUCAAAAUUCUAACGAGCAAGAAGAUACAUUAGAAUAUUUAAAAGAUAUUAUUAAAAAUGAGAAAGAAAAAAACAUAAAAUUAGAAAUGCAAUAUGAUGAAUUAAAGCAAAAAUAUAAUUUUUUAAAAAAGAAAAGAGAUGAAGAAAUUUUAAAAGAAAUUAAUUUAUCACAAACUAAUGAGGAUGAAAAUGACAAUUUUUUCAAAAAAAUUUACAGAAAUCAAUCAAUUAUUAAAUACGAAGAAAAAAAGUUAGAAGAUUCUUCAAAAAAAAUUGUUGAUGAAAAUAUAAAACUAAUGCAAAUAAAAGAAUUAAAUGAGCAAAACAAAAAAGAAAUAGAAAAUGAGAUGACUGAUAUAGAACUAAGAAAAAAAGAAAUAGAAUACGAAAAAGAUUCAAUAAGAAAGAAAAAAAAAGAAAUAGAAAAAGAAAAUGAUUUAUUAAAUGAAAAAAAAAAAGAAAUAGAAGAUGAAAAUAAUUUACUAAAAAAAAAAAAAAAAGAAGUAACAAAAGAGAAUGAUUUGUUAGACGAAAAAAAGAAGGAGAUAGAAGAUGAACACAACCUACUGAAUCAGAAAAAAAAAAAGAUAGAAAAUGAAAAUGAUAUGUUAGACAAAAAUAGAGAAGAAAUGGAACAUGAAAAUAAUCUAUUAAAAAAAAAAAAAAAAGAAGUAGAGAACGAAAAUGAUUUGUUAGAAGAAAAAAAAAAGGAACUAGAAGACGAAAGUAUCUUAUUGAAUGAAAAAAAAAAAGAAAUAAAAGACGAAAAUGAUUUACUAAAAGAAAGAAAAAAAGAAAUAGAAAACGAAAAAAAUUUAUUAGAAGAAAAAAAGAAAGAGAUAGAAGACGAAAAUAUCUUAUUGAAUGAAAAAAAAAAAGAAAUAAAAGACGAAAAUGAUUUACUAAAAGAAAGAAAAAAAGAAAUAGAAAACGAAAAAAAUUUAUUAGAAGAAAAAAAGAAAGAGAUAGAGGACGAAAACAUCUUAUUGAAUGAAAAAAAAAAAGAAAUAAAAGAUGAAAAUGAUUUACUAAAAGAAAGAAAAAAAGAAAUAGAAAACGAGAAUGACUUAUUAGAAGAAAAGAAAAAAGAAGUGGAAAAAGAAAAUGAAUUACUAAUGAAAAAAAAAAAAGAAAUAGAAAAUUAUAAUAGCUUAAUUGAGAAACAUUUAAAAGAAGUACAAGAUAAAAAAAAUUUAAUAGAGGAGAGAAAGAUGGAAAUAGAAAGAGAAGAAAAUGUUGUGAAAGAAAAAAAAAGAGAGAUGGAAAUGGAAAAUAAUUUGUUGGAAAAAAAUAAAGAAGAUAUAGAAAAUGAAUAUGAACAUUUGAAAAAAAAAAAACUUGAGAUAGAAUAUGAAAAUAGUUUAAUUGAAAAGCAAUUAAAAGAAAUGAGCUAUAAAAAGAAUUUAGAAGAAAAAACGGAAAUAAAAAAUGAUUCAAUAAGAUUAAAUAAAAGACAAACUGAAGAAAUUAGGAGUCUAAUAAAAGAAGAAAAUGAAAAAUCCUUUCAAGAAAUUAAUGAAAUAGUGAAUUUAGAAAAAAAAAGAAGUGAAGGAAAAUUUUAUUUAAAUAACCAUAAUUCCGUUAGUUUAGAAAAUAAUGAAGUUAGGGGAUGUGAAUCUAAGUUAAUUUUUGAUAGUUUUAUGGAGAAAAACAAGGAAAAUAAGGCAUACUCUAAUAUUAUGCAUGCUUCAGUAAUUGAAAGAAACAGUACUUUAUUAAAUUUAUUUAAUAGUGAAUUUUCUAUGAUGGAUGAUUCAAAAAAAUGGAAUAAUGAAUUUUUAAAGGUAGAUGAACAAAAAAAUUACAGAAAUGAUUCUCUUUAUGAAGUAACAUCAAAAGAUAAUGAAUUUAAUAUGAAAAAAGACAAUUUCAUAAAGAUCAAAAGUGAGAUUUUGGAAAAAAAAGAAAAAGGACUAAAAAAUGAAGAAAAAAAAAUAAUACAAAAAGAAGAGUCUCUUAUAGAAAGAGAAAAGAAGUUUAAUGAUGAAAAGGAAAUAUUUUUAAGAGAAUUAAAUGAAUUAAACAUAUUAAAGGAAGAAAUUUUACAUAAAAUAGAAAUGAUUAAGCAUAGAGAAGAAGAGCUUAAUAAAAAAGAAGAAGAAAUAAAUAUAAAAGAAAAGUAUAUAUUGAACAAAGAAAGAAAUUCAUUAAAAAAUUUGAACGAAUUAGAUGCAUGUUCAAAAAAAAAAGAUCGUUUGAAUAAUUUAGAUAAUAUACACAUUUUUGAUAAAAAUUCUUCAGAAAAUAUUGAAUCGUUAAAUAAUAUUAUUUCUAACGAUUUGUCAAAAAAAAAAAUAAUGAAUGAAGAAAAAAUAAACGUUUUAAAAAGUAUUAAAAAAGAUAAGUAUAACACUAAAAAUUUUGAAUUAAGUAAUAAAGAAGAAAUAUUUUAUGAUAAAGAACUAGAAUUAAAUGAAUCGGAACAAAAAACUAAUAAUUUUCAUUUUAAUAGCAAUAAAUAUUCUUCAAAUAAAAGUUUUAUUAAAAACAAUAUAGAGGAUAUUAAAGAAAAGUUAAAUAGCAGUUUGAAGGAAAUAGAAAAGUAUAGAAGUUUAUUAAGAAGUAGAGAUCUAGAAAUAAAUUCAUUAAAGGCUAAAAUAGAAAAAGAAUACAAAAAAAAACAUGUUAUAUCAAAUAAUUAUGAUUUAAAUAAUUCUGAGAUAAAUUCUAAAUCAAAUAAUUCUAGUUACAACAACGAAGAUACAAUUAAAGGCUCAAUUAAUGAAAAUAAUUCUUCUAUUUUAUCAUAUGUGUCAAAAAAAAAUAGUCUAAUUUUUUUAUCAAAAAAUAGUAAUUUAAAAGAAAAAGAAGAAAAUUUAGACAACUCUAAUAUAACGGAUAAGAUUUUAAAUAAGACUGACUUAAAUGAAGAAAUAAGAAUUAAAAAUAUAAUUAGUAAUGAGUUAUUAACAGUAUAUAAAGAAAUAAGUAAUAUAAAAGAAGAAUAUAAUACAUAUGUACUUAAAAAAAAUGAAUUUACUGCAAGUUUGUUCCUUAAAUGUUUCAAUGAUAUAAGCAAUAAUUUUAAAAUGAAAGAAGUUUGUUAUGAAAAUGAGUCAAAAAAAUUCCACACACUUAUUAAUGAAAAAGAAGGAUAUAUAAAAGAACUUAAGAAUGCAUUGCAUGAAAAGAAAAUGAAAGAAAUAUCUUAUAAGAAGAUGAUUUUAAAAAUGAAUCAAAUAAAUGAUUCUUAUAAAUUAAAAAAUAAAAGAAGUUUAUCAACCGUUGAAUUUUUGAAACAUGAUAUAAAAACUUUGAAUCAAGAUAUUUUAAAAAAAAAUGAAAUGGUAAUUUGUCUACAAAAAAAAAAAAAAAAAAAUUAA